AUGGAAUCACAACGCAACAAGGAACCACCACUCUGCGCUAAUGGCUGUGGCUUCUAUGGAACAGUACAGAAUCGGAAUUUAUGCUCCAAGUGUUAUGAAGAAUACCAACAGCAAGAAGAGAAUGCUUCUAGUUUCUUACAUGGGAAAGUUAAAUGCUCAAGGUUGCUGAAGCAUCAUCAGCGUGGUAUAUUACUGACAGAAGUGUCGAAUGUCUCUCCAAAAUUUAGAAGAGGUGGUAGAAAGGAAAAGGGCUGGACAGUUGAAGAAGAUCCCAAGAAGCUCAAGCUCUAUUCCUACUGGAGAAGCUCCUGCUCCACCCGCGUUCGGAUUGCUCUCAAUCUCAAAGGCCUAAGCUUUGACUAUGUAGCUGUUAACAUGGCCAAAGGGAAGCACUUGACUGCUGAAUAUUUGAAACUCAAUCCUCUUGGCUAUGUGCCUGUGUUGGUGGAUGGUGACACUGUUGUUUUCGACUCUUUUGCCAUCUUAAUGUAUCUCGAUGACAAGUAUCCACAGCACCCAUUGCUGCCUCAUGAUCUUCAGAAAAAAGAUAUUAAUUACCAGGUAGCAAAUAUUGUUUCCUCAAGAAUACAGCCACUUCAGAAUCAACCUAUGCUAAAUUUUGUAGAGGGAAAAGUUGGUCUUGAUGAGAAGCUUGCUUGGGCUCAAUAUCACAUAGGCAAAGGCUUUGCAGCACUUGAGAAGUUGCUGAAAGAUCAUGCUGGAAGAUAUGCAACUGGAGAUGAAGUUUUCCUGGCAGACAUAUUUCUAGCAGCACAGAUUCAUCCAGCAAUUAAAAAAUUCAAUGUAGAUAUGACUCAGUUCCCUCUUCUACUGAGGUUGUAUGCAGCAUACAAUGAGAUACAAUCCUUCCAGAACGCUAUGCCUGAGAAACAGCCAGAUACCCCUCCAUCCAGCACCAGUUAAAUCAAUUGUAGAUUUUGAAGGUACAAAGAAGAACAGUAGAAGCAUAAUGAGUAAUAUGUGGCUGAAAGUGGA